AUCUAUUCAAAAUGUCUAUUAAUGAAAUUGUACAUGAUUAUUUUAUGUCAGUACAAACAUUACAUGGAACAAUGAAUAAUGAUAAACAUGAAACUGAAAAACGUUUACAAAUUGUUGCCGAAAAUAUUAAUUCAUUGAUUAAAGCUAUUGAAGAAUGUUUGAGAAAACCUAAAAAUCAACGUAUACGUUUGGGUAUUACAUCAUUUACACAUUUGACUGAUCAAGAAUUUGAUUCAAUGAUAAAUCAUCAUUUAAUAGAACGAAGUACAUUACAUGCAACAUUAAAAGGUGGUCUUGGUUCAAAUCUAACCGGUACUCCUAGCUGUCCAAAUGAACCAAUAUCAAGACAAUUACCAAGAAGUUUUAAUUGGUUUGAACAAGGUAAAGUAACACCAAUUAGACAACAAGGACAAUGUGGAAGUUGUUUUAUAUUUUCAUCUGUUGCAACUGUUGAAAGUUCAUUAUUGAUUAAAAGUAAUGGUCAAAUCAAUCCAUAUGAUGUUGAUUUUAGUGAACAAGCAGUAUUGGAUUGUCUUGCUCGAAAUACUUGUGAAAGUGGUGGAUAUCAAUGGUUUGGUUGGUCAACAAUGGCACAAUAUGGAAUUGUUGAUGAAGAAUAUUAUCCUUAUCAAACACAAUGGUUGGGACAAUGUAAUGUUUAUCCAAGAUCAAGAUAUCGUAUUAGAGUUAUUGAUUGGUGUAGUCAUAAUUAUAAUAAUGAUGAAAUAAUUCAAACAAUGUUAUAUAAAUAUGGUCCAUUAGAUGCAAGUAUCAGUGUAUCAACCGGACCAGAAUGGAAAUAUUUAAAAGGACCAUUUGAAGCUUAUUGUGAUACACAUGUUAAUCAUGCUGUUACAUUGAUUGGUUGGGAUGAAUAUUAUUGGAUUAUUAAAAAUAGUUGGGGACCUGAAUGGGGUAUAAAUGGUUAUCUUUUUUUACCACGUCAUUCAAAUAAAUGUGGCAUAUUAUUUGAAGUUGCUAUGCCAAUUACUGAAAUUUAUUAAUUAUUUUAUUGUAAUGAUGA